AUGUCUUCCUUCUUUCUUCCCGACAUCAACGACCCAUUGCUGGCGGAUCCCCACACCACCGGCACCCCCUCGUCUCCUUAUACAACCUCCGACCAUCGCCUGCCCACUAGACCGUCGGAAACGCCUCCAACUUCCCCAUUCGGUGGACAGAUUUGGGGAUUCAAAGUCCAAGGGUACAUUGAUGGAAAAAACAAUAGGAGGCUCGAUGAUUGCUUGAGAUACUGCAAUGUAGCUGGGAAGAAAGCUCUCGAGGGUACACAUCUUGGAGGUGAUAGACUCGAGAAGGUCCAUGUGAAUCCAAGAAAGCUACUAAAGGUUGAUGCCACAUUAGAUUAUGACUAUGCAGGACCCAAUCCCAAGCAUGAUUCAAGAGGAAGAAGCGGUGGCAAUGGGGGCAAGAAUCCUUGA